AUGGGUCGGGAAAUCCGUAAGUCCGAGGAAGCGCGUGUCCCUCACGCGCCCCGCUCACGCGCAACGCAGACAGCAGCAGCCCGCGGCGGUCCAGGCGGGGCGAAGAUCGUUUCAGCCGUUGGCUUUCCCCUCGUCCGCUCCUCCGCCUCUGACGGCGCCGGCGCCGGUGCCACCACGAGCGCCAUCACGCCGGCCGGCAGCGCGCCAAUCAAGUACCACGGCGGGCCGGUGGUGGUGGGCACACCGACGGUGAACAUUUACCACAUAUACUACGGCAGCUGGGGGUCGGGGUCGGGCAAGGACGUGAUCGACGCGUUCGUGCAGGCGCUGAGCAGCGACUCGGGCAGCCAGGGCAGCGCGGCGGACGCGAGUGUGAAGGCGUGGUGGGCCAUCACGGCCGCGUACUACCAGCAUCGCGGAAAAGGCGAGGACGCUGGUGGGACGAAGAACGUGAGCUCCAAGGUUCGCCUCGCGGGGACUGUGAACGACAACUAUUCGUGCGGCAAGCAGCUGUCAGACAACGACGUGCUCACCAUUGUGAAGAGCAAGGUGGGGGCGGGCAAGCCAUUGGCGCUGGACCCACAGGGCCUGUACGUGGUGCUCACCAGCGCCGACGUCACCCUCAAGGGCUUCUGCUCCGAGUACUGCGGGUGGCACACGCAGGACUCGCUCAACUCCACGCCACUGCGCUACGCCUUUGUGGGGCACCACGGGCAGUGCCCCGACGCAUGCGGGGUGGAGAGCACGUCACCCAACGGCAAGCCUGCCAUCGACGCCACGAUCUCCACGCUCGCGCAUGAGCUCACCGAAGAUACGAAUGCGGGGUGGUUUGACGACAACGGCGAGGAGAAUGCAGACAAGUGCUCGUGGAACUACGGCAGUACCAAGAGGGGAUCGCUGCAGAACGGGCAGAGCUAUGAGUACAAUCUGGUGGGGUUGAACGGGAUGAAGUUCCUCGUGCAGCUCAACUGGGACCGCUGUGAAGAUGAAGUGUGA